GCGCAGUAUAUUGUAAACACCACAUGUGCAUUUUCGCGCCAAAAUCAGUUCACACGAAACAAGUAACAACGAACUGGCAAGAUGGCAUCAAUGGCGGCGAUGGAACAGUCAACUUUAGGUCAAUAUUUUACAACAAGAAGAAAAGGUCUUGAAGGUGUCCAUCCGGCAAAGCGAAGAAAAGUAGAUGUGACUGAGACUGAAAACGAAGUUACCGUCCGGCGCAGUCAACGAUCGAAGAGGCAAGUAGCGUCUUCUCAGAUAAAGAUUUCACGAUCUCGUAAAGGUGCUAAAAGUAUAAACGCGAAGGGAUCCUUGAACGAAGAAAGCGUCCAGACUUCAUGCAAAGGUUCUAAAGUUGUCAGCGAAACCACAUCUCUGUUUGAUGACCACGCUUUUGCAGAAGCUUUGAUCGGGAAAUUGACCGACGCGCAAAGAAAGCGCAAAAUGGCGUCCUCGGCACAAAUGGAAGAGGCAGUCCCCAGGGACAAAAGCGAAGUUGAGAUUUCAAAAGCUCAACGAAACAAGGACGAGAUGGAAUCCAAGCCAAAAAGUCGGCGACGAGCAGCGAGAUCUUCAAAAUCAGCAAAGCAAGCGGAUAAAAGUGAGAAUUCGAAGAUUCCCGAGUCUACCGAGCAAGUUAUUUCACUGGUCGAUCAAACACCUCAGGAAGCUGAUAUCCCAGUGGAGAAAGGAACAACAGCGUCCGCCUCCAAAACACCUCCGGUCGUACGAAGAAUCGGUGGAGGUGUCAAAGCGAACCCGUGGAUAGCAGAACAGGCCAAAAUAGUUCUGAGCCGAGGGAGAGAAGCUGUAAAUUUGAGCCAGAAAAGUAGAAAUAAAGAAGAGAAGCAGAUGACUGCGUCAAAGGAUAGUGCUUCAGGUGAAAUUAAAUAAAAAUUAAAUAUAAGCUCUUUAGGUUCUCCACUAACUGACAAUUGUAAUUAUUUUGCCCAUGGUAAAAAUGAUGCGCAAACUAAUGUGAGGCUGCAAAGGGUAGCUGGGUAUAAGUGGAUAAUCUUACUGGAUUUUUAACAAUUUUUCAGUCUCUUUGACUAUCCAAAAAUGCCCAGGAGUUUAGAAUUUGGACAAUAAAAUCUCAGUCAGGCUCAAAUGCCCCACUCAUGCCUGCUCUCUUUCACUACAACUUAACAUUUAUAUUAGGUACAUUAAACUAUAUUGUUGGCAGCUCAUCAGUGCUGCAGUGUAUUAAGUCCAGGCACCACAGUGUGAACUGAAAUGACUAGAGGCAAUGCCACU